AUGGCCAUGACACCCAAGGAUCAUGGAAAACGCAACAGGCCCUACCUGACCGUUCUCCCUUUGGCGGAAGACUUGGGUCUAGAAGUCGACAUCUCGUGUGACCGUGACGACCCAGAGUGUGUCAAAGAUGGCGUGGAUAACUUUGAUGGAGACGGGAACGUUCUUAUCUGCUGGGAGCACGACGCACUGACGGACAUCAUCGAGGAGUUGGGGGAUGAUGAUGCGCCUGAGUAUCCGGAAGAGGAUCGCCCUUUGUCCGUUGAUGCUCCAGACGAAAUUGGGAAAUGA